ACCUAUAGGCCUACAAACCACUGCUGGAGAUCUACAAACCACUGCUGGGGAUUUACAAACCACUGCUGGAGAUCUACAAACAACUGCUGGAGAAGUGGAUAACACAGUUACUAUUACUUCGGAAAUGACUAUUAUAACCACGAGUAUUACUACAGCUAUCACGGCUACUGUUAUGCCGUGCACAUCAACAACAUGUUCAAUUCGUGGUAAGUGUACUGAUACAUCCAGUGGUCCACUCUGCAGUUGUACAUCAAGUCUUUAUGGAAGUCUUUAUGGGUCAGGACAACGAGAAAUAUUUACUACAAGUGGUGAUAUGAUAGAUCCUCCUACUGGUACUGAUACAACAUUAGGUGCUCCUUAUAUUGAUGCUGUUAGUAUAACAGCACGUGGUUUAGUAACAAUGGUUUCAUUUUAUGCAAAUAAUGGAUGUGUAGAUAGUGGAAUUCAAUUCGGAGCUUUCUCAACAACUCCUCCUCUUUCAUCUUCAAAUACUUUUCAAUUAGUAACACAAUCAGGUCCUAUUAGUGUUGAUCGAAGUAGUUAUUCAACAACAAUGCAACGUGUAGAUAUUUCUCUUUGUCUUUCAUCUAAUAAUCCAGUUGGAUGUCAAGGAAAUGCAUUUGUUAUUGGACAAGGUCAAUAUUUUGGAUCUUAUUCGUCAAGUUGUCGAUUUGCUUAUUCUCCUGUGGGAUCAUCUGGUUAUCCAACAACAUAUUAUAAAUAUACAUAUAAUCCAUUUACAUCAAAUCCUUCAUCAGCUGUUUAUGUACAUGACUUUAAUAACGUUGUUUUACAACAAAUUACAAUUGCACAACUAACGACAGCUAAUUGCGACAAUCCUUGUCAACCAAAUCCAUGUGAUACAAAUGCACUAUGUACAUCAGGCGCAUCAGGCACAACAUAUUCUUGCGCAUGUACAUCAGGUUAUAUUGGAAGUGGUACUAUAGGAGAUUGUAUAAAACCCACCACAUCAACUAUAAUACCAUGCCCUUCAAAUACUCCAUUUGGGUAUGUAGCUACUCCUAAUGGUCAACCAGCAAGUAUAGGUGUAACUUAUAUUGAUGCAGUCGCAGUGAAUACUGGUGGAUUAGUUACACAAGUAUCGUUUUAUGCGGCACAGACAUGUAAUGAUAAUAAUAUUUAUUUUGGAACAUUUUCUUCGAGUGGUUCAAAUCAAUUUCAACUAAUUGAACAAUCAGGAGCUUUAACAUAUGAUCGUACUUCUGAUACAGAUACUUCAAUGAAACUUGUAACGAUAUUAUUAUGUACCAGUGCAUCAACUCCAUCUGGGUGUCAAGGAAACGCUUUUCUAAUAAGUGGUGGUCAAUAUUUUGGAUCAUAUUCAUCUCAAUGUAUAUGGGGUUAUGCUCCAGUAUCCUCAUCAUCUGUCUAUGCAUAUACAUAUUAUCAACAAUCAAAUGCAUUUUCAAGUGGUGCUCCAACAACAGGAGCUUACAGUAAUGGUUAUGCUAAUAUUGUUCUUCAAUAUAUUAAUAUUCAAUCGACAAUUGUCGUUCUUUCGACUGUCAUCAUGAGCCAACGACAUACAUUACAAGUUUUUGAACAAUAUCAAAAAGCUCGUUUAACAUUUGUUCAAUCUGUAGCUGAUCUUGCAACACGACCACAAAAUAUUGAAACACUUCAAAAUGCAGGUGUUAUGGCAUUACUUCGUCCAUUAUUACUUGAUGUUGUACCAAGUGUACAACAAACAGCUGCACUUGCUUUAGGUCGUUUAGCUAAUUAUUCUGAUCAUUUAGCUGAAUCUGUCGUACGUGGUGAUAUUCUUCCGCAACUUGUCUAUUCAUUGGCUGAUCAAAACAGAUUCUACAAAAAAGCUGCGGCGUUUGUUUUACGUGCUGUUGCUAAACAUUCACCCCAAUUGGCUCAAUCGGUUAUUGAUUGUGGAGCAUUAGAUGCCCUUGUGCUUUGUCUAGAAGAAUUUGAUCCAUCUGUUAAAGAAGCAGCAACAUGGGCACUUGGAUAUAUUGCACGACAUAAUGCAGAAUUAGCCCAACAUGUAGUUGAUGCUGGUGGUGUUCCAUUACUUGUUUUAUGUUUACAAGAACCCGAAAUAGCUUUAAAACGUGUUGCUGCAUCAGCAUUAUCUGAUAUAGCUAAACAUUCACCGGAAUUAGCACAAACAGUUGUUGAUGCUGGAGCUAUUGCACAUCUUGCUCAAAUGAUUCUUAAUCCUGAUGCUCAACUUAAACGACAAAUAUUUUCUGCUUUAAGUCAAAUUGCAAAACAUUCCGUUGAUUUGGCUGAAAUGGUUGUUGAAGCUGAAAUCUUUCCAGCCGCUUUUGCAUGUUUAAAUGAUACAGAUGAAUAUGUAAAGAAAAAUUGUGCUACACUUAUACGUGAAAUUGUUAAACAUACACCGGAAUUAGCACAAAUGAUUGUGAAUGCAGGUGGAGUCGCUGCUGUUGUUGAUUAUGUUUCAUCAACCCGUGGUAAUGUACGUUUACCAGGUGUUAUGAUGCUUGGUUAUACAGCUGCACAUACAGAAAGUUUAGCUAUGGCUGUUAUUGUUUCAAAAGGUAUCAAUCAAUUAUCAAUUGCACUUAAUGAAGAAACUGAAGAUCAUAUAUUAGCUGCAACAGCAUGGGCACUUGGACAAAUUGGUCGUCAUACACCUGAACAUGCUAAAGCUGUCGCUGUUGCAAAUGUUUUACCACGAUUACUUCAUUUAUAUAUGCGUACAGAUAUGUCUGAAGAUUUACAAACAAAAGCAAAAAAAGCUUUGAAAAAUAUUCUACAAAAAUGUGUUUAUUUACCAGUAUUAGAACCAUUAUUACAUGAAGCAUCACCAAAUAUUCUUAAACAUGUUGUUGCACAAUUUUCAAAAGUACUUCCACAUGAUCCUAAAGCACGAAGAUUAUUUGUUACAAGUGGUGGUCUUAAAAAGAUUCAAGAAAUUAAAGCUGAAGA